AUGUACGUAUUGGAGGCUGCCCACUAUCCUUUAUGGUACCCUGGGGCCUAUCGUUUAACAGUCACGAAUCAUUUACAACACUCAUGUUUACGAGGACGUUUUGGCAACAUCGAGUGCAGUUGGACUUGUUUUUCCUCAGUGCUGUUCGCAGAAGGAGUUGCUCGAUUCCUUUUACUUGCCGGCUUCCCUUCGGUGGAUCGGAAGGAGCGAAAUGCGAGCAGCCCUAUUAUUCCAUCGAAGAUGAGAUAUUGGAAGAAUGACGCUUCGCGCAAGCGAAAGAAAAGAUUCGCAGGAUUCGGUCGCGAACACGUCGUUAAGUGGAUGAACGUCGAAGCCAGCACCGACAUGCGUCAAAAUUGCUUAGAAUUUUGCACAGCUGGAGGCGUUGAUGUUGUAUCUGGUCAUCCGUGUGUUUACGAGAGGAGCAGUACUUGCAUCAAUUCGUCAUUGAAUGUGGAAAUGCGAGAUAGUUUUCGUAAAAUGGGCGGAGCUGACUAUAAUUGUGCAAGUACUGAUGAUGGUCGCAAACGUUGUUAUCAGAGACCUGAGUGCGUUAUACUGUCGGAAGCAUCAAGAGGUGAAAUGGAAGCACUUCGAAAUGGUAAUGUCAAAGAAGUUUAUAAAUCUGGUUUAAAUUCGGUUACCGAGAAGCUUAAUUCCCUCGAUUUGAGCAACAACAAUUCGUCCAUUUCUAACAAUGAUUGCCGUUUUCCAAAAAGCGCUCCCAGCCGUCUUUCAUCAGUGUUGUCGUUGCGCGGAGCUAGAUUACUGCAAGUAGUGAUUUUGUUACAAAAGCUCAGUAACGAAUAUGCGAUUCUCGAAGCAGAUUUCAUCAUUCUGAAUGUUAGCGAUACUGUUAACGUUAUUUGUCAAACCAGUGGCUAA